AUGGAGAAGAAAAACCUAUUCAAAGAUGAGACAGUACUGUUUCAACACCCAGUUUUCUUUCUCAUUGCGUUAGCCAUGGCCUUCAUUUUCAUGGACCCCUUUCAGUUGGGUCCACUUGGAGGGCGAGACUUCAGACCAGUAAAGCAUGAUGUUGCACCUUACAAGCGAGUCAUGGGGAACUGGCCCAAAGACAACCAGAGUCGGUUGGGUUCCGGGAAGCUGGAAUUUGUGAAUGAAGUCUUUGGUCCUGAGUCUUUAGAGUUUGAUCUUAAUGGACAAGGGCCUUACGCUGGUUUGGCAGAUGGACGCAUUGUAAGGUGGAUGGGUGACAAUGUUGGCUGGGAGACAUUUGCACUUGUUACGCCGAAUUGGUCCGAGAAGCUCUGCGUUAAUGGUAUUCAUUCAACUGCGGCCAAGCAAUACAAGAUUGAGCAUAGAUGUGGCCGUCCUCUUGGCCUAAGGUUUGAUAGAACGGGGGGAAACUUGUACAUAGCAGAUGCUUAUUAUGGCCUCUUGGUUGUUGGCCCAGAAGGAGGCAUAGCCACUCCUUUAACAACCCAUGUUGAAGGAAAACCCAUCGUCUUUGCGAAUGACCUUGAUAUCCACAAGAAUGGUUCCAUCUUUUUCACAGACACAAGCAAGAGAUAUAACAGAUUGAACCAUUUUUUCAUUUUAUUGGAAGGAGAAUCCACCGGAAGGCUUCUUAGAUAUGACCUACCUACAAAAACAACUCAUAUUGUCCUAGAAGGCUUGGCGUUUCCAAAUGGAGUACAGUUAUCAAAGGAUCAAUCUUUUCUCCUCUUCACUGAGACCACCAAUUGCAGGCUAAUGAGGUAUUGGCUAGAGGGACCCAAGAGCGGAGACGUGGAAGUUGUUGCUGACUUGCCGGGCUAUCCAGAUAAUGUACGAAUAAAUGAGAAGGGCCAAUUCUGGGUUGCGAUCGAUUGUUGCCGAACCCCAGCCCAAGAGGUCCUUUCUCACAACCCAUGGAUAAAAAGCAUAUAUUUUCGGUUGCCUCUGAAAAUGAGCUUCUUAGCAAGGUUGAUGGGAAUGAAGAUGUACACAGUUAUCUCCCUCUUCAGUGAAAAGGGAGAGAUAUUGGAAGUCCUCGAGGAUCAAAAGGGUGAGGUGAUGAAAUUAGUUAGCGAAGUAAAAGAGGUAAAUGGAAAGCUAUGGAUUGGCACAGUGGCUCAUAACCAUAUUGCUACUCUUCCGUACCCUUAGGGAGAGAAAAUAAAUGGUUUCUUACUGAUAAUCAGAUUAUGGUUUCUUCAGUGUGCCUUAACUUCAUUAAUAAUAGGAACUGUUGUAUUUCCGUCUG